UUUUCAUUGGCCGUGAAAUUUCUCUUCUGGAGUGGACGUUGUUUUUUUGCUUUAGCUUUUGACUGCGGCCACCACUUGUAAAGAACAGACAAGCUCUUCGAGUAAGUUUUCUCGAAGGCCUUAACUUGAAAGUAUUUUGUAAGUUGGGGGAUGUUUCGUGGCUUCAAGUCACUUGGUAACUUGUGUUAUUGGGUGAAAGGAAAUAGAUCUAUAAGUUACUCGUACAUAGCUCUCCAUUUGCAGUUUUGGUAAAGUUCCCUAGCUAACAGCUGUUCUUUGCUUCCUUUUACUGGCUUAUUCUUGGGAGAAAGAUGGUUUUUCACGGAGAAGAAGGUCUGUCAUUGGACAGUUCUAGUGAUAUGGGGAGUGGUUUCGAAGGCCCUGAAAAAAACUUGGAAUUGGAUUUUAGACGUAGGAACUCAAAGAUCGCUUCGUUCCUCUCAGUAUCUCAAGAAAGAUGGAGCGAAAUCUUGUCAUACGCACAGUGUAGUAUUCUUUCAAGAAUAGCAAGUGACAAGUUAAUAGCCUACUUACUUUCCGAAAGCUCGCUUUUUGUAUUUGAUGAAAAGAUAAUCUUGAAGACUUGUGGAAGGACUACUUUACUGAGGACGAUACCGUCUUUGCUUGCAUUGGCAGAAGAAUUGGACUUUUGUGUGGACUUUGUGCGUUAUUCAAGACCGUUUUUCUUAUAUCCUUCUGCGCAAACCUAUCCUCAUGACUCCUUUGAUUCGGAAGUUCAGUUUUUAGAAAAGUUUUUUCGGGGACAUAGCUACACUUUAGGUGCUAUGGAUGGUAAAACAGCUUGGCAUUUGUAUGUAGCUGAUCAGUCAGAAAAAUAUUCAUCUGAACAGACAUUCGAAAUAAUUAUGUUUGAUUUGGAUAGUGAGGCUGUCAGUCACUUUUUCAAGUCAAAGGAUUAUCAAAGUGGUUUAGAAACUCUUGAGGGUUCUGGUUUGAAGUCUUUGUUACCUUGUGAAGAGAUAACUCGUUACGAUGCAUACAACUUUGAUCCAUGUGGAUUUUCUUUGAAUGUAGUGAACGACGACAUUUACUAUACGAUUCAUAUUACUCCAGAGUCGCAUUGUAGCUAUGCUAGUCUGGAAUGCAAUGCUAUUAUAGAAGAUUUUACUUCAUUAUUGAUGAAUACCUUGAAACUUUUGAAACCAAAAAAGUAUUGUGUUGUAUUCUUUGCAGAUUCAGAUGCUCCUGCUGCUUGUGUAAAGCAACCUCUUCAAUGGUCAUGUUCCAAAGAACUGGGUUAUCAACAGUUUGGUGAAGUUACAUUUGUUCGAAUGCAUGAAAAUUUCGGAGAGUAUUGUGCACAAGUUUGCAGUUUUAUGAGAUGUGAAGAUGAGUUUCUGUUCACUCCGGAGUCUGAAAGUACGCAAGACUUAGAUGUCAAGUUCCUAUCCUGUUCGUCGAAUGGUGUUCCGCAGCCGUUGGAUGUUUUAUUGCAAGUAUCUAAACGGUUUGGUGCUGAAUGGUUUUCGAGUGAUCAUCCGCUGGAAACUAAACUAAAGAAGUUGAAAUCAAUCAGUCAUCGACCGUUGUUAUUCAUUGACCUCGGUGGAAUUUAUCAAAACUUUAUCAAGUUACAGAAAGUUGUAUCUUCGAGUUGUCGUUAUUCCGUUCGUUGCAAUCCGGACCCAGCUAUCUUGAGACUUUUGUAUGAAUUGGGAGUGCAACUUACUGUUUCUAGUCGGUCUGAAGUGGAACAUUUGAUUCGGAAUGAUAUUUCCUUAUCUAAUGUUGUUUUUUGUUCGCCAAUGUUGAAGUUGUCUUCUGUUCAGCGUAUUUUAAAGACCUAUUCCUUUGGUAUGGUAACUGUUUCGGAAGAUGUAUUAGAGGAAUGUAUAUCAAAGGAAUUAUCCCAAAUUUUGAGGGAAGUUUCAGUAGAGUUAAGUUUGGGUUCGGACGAGUUUGAUACCUCGAGUGCUUUUGAGAGAUUGGAAUAUAAGUUGAAAUUAGCAAAGAAGUUAGGUUUGAAGAUAGUAUCUGUGAACAUUUCACAACUCGAGUCGGAAUUCUUAUUGCAGAAUAUUGAAAGACUUUGCAAUAUCUUGAAACUUUUUUCCCGCGUUUCUGUGGUGGUUUCUGGCAGUCUCCAAUUGUUGGAAGAUUCUUCUUUAUCACGAGACGUUGACUGCAAUUCACCUACGAAGAAACUUGUUUCAUUGUUGAAACUCCGUUCUGUAUCUCUUGUUUUGAAUGCAGAUUCGUUGCUACUUUGCAAUAACCAAAUGAUGGCAGUUUCUGUUAUUGCUCGACAAGAGUCCAGUGAAAAGGAUGCAAGUGAGUUGAAAGUGGAUAAGUAUUAUAUAUCUGAAGGCGUCUUUGGAGCAUUUCAUGAGUUGCUUACCGAGUCAGUGGAUAACUUAUAUCCAUAUCCUCUUAUAGAAAGGAAGAGUGGAGAAGUUUCGUUUUGUUCUAUUUAUGGUCCAAGUGGUGAUUGUUUGGAUCAUAUUUGGUCUGGAGUGUUGCCAGUUUUAGACAUUCACGAUUAUAUUUUCUUUCCAAAGAUAGGAAGUUUUUUGUCCUUGGGUUUGCGUGAGUUUAAUGAUUUUUCACGCAAAGUAGAUACUCGUUAUUUGGUUACGUUUGAAUAAAAGGAACGUUUAUUUGGAAAGUGAUUUAA